AUGGAGUUUUCGCGGAGCCUUUACAAGAAUGGCGUCGACUUCGCAGCCCUUGCAUUGCAGUCGCCGGAGUUCGCGAAGCAUCUCAAAUCAAAUGGCCAACUUGACUUUAAUAAUCCGGCAUCCGUGAGAGCGUUGACUAUCAGUUUGCUGCAGCAGGACUUUCGUUUGAAGAUUGAACUGCCUGAAGAUCGACUAUGCCCACCGGUUCCUAACAGACUGAACUACAUCAUCUGGUUGCAAGAUCUUCUGGACUCAACUGCUGGCACUAUCAAAGAAGGAUAUGAUACUAAUAGAGAGGUUUUUGGCCUUGAUAUCGGAACUGGGUGCUGCAGCAUCUACCCUUUACUGGGAUGCAGACUUCGACCUCAGUGGAAAUUUCUCGCAACAGAAAUCGACGAGAAUAACGCCCGCACAGCCGAGCAAAACGUCAAACUCAACAAGCUCGAAUCACGAGUCCAAAUCGUGAGAACUGACCCCAAAGACUCUCUUUUCCCACUCAACAAGUUCGGACAGAAAAGAAUCGACUUUACAAUAUGCAACCCCCCAUUCUACGCAUCACACGAAGAGAUGACUCAAUCCGCAGAAUUCAAGUCAGAGAAACCAUCUCAGACAUGCACAGGCGCAGACAUGGAAAUGGUCACACCAGGCGGCGAGGUCGCCUUCGUGACACGAAUGAUCGAAGAGAGCAUGCAACUGCGCACCCAAGUACAGUGGUACACAUCCAUGCUAGGAAAAUUCGGCAGCGUCACUGUCCUCGUCGAGACACUGAUGAAAAAUAACAACCGCAAUUACGCGGUGACCGAGCUUGUACAGGGAAAGACGAAGCGCUGGGCUCUUGCUUGGUCGUGGGGGGACCGGCAUCCUAAGACGAGUGUAGCACGGGGCAUUCCAGGCUUCCCGAAGCAUCUGCUUCCUUUCCCGGGUGAUUAUACCUUUACGCUUUCCCCAGAGACAUCCAUCGACACUGCUAGCGCUACUCUGAAUGGGGAGCUGGACUCACUUUCGUGGUACUGGCACUGGGACCAAAAUCUCAGUGCUGGUGUGGGAUUCACAUCUGAGAAUGUCUGGUCUCGACAGGCGCGUCGCAAGAUGAAGCUUGCCGGGCAGGAGGGCAUGCAGAUAACGACUGUUCCAGAGGAGGUGGCGCUCGGGGUCCGUGUUCAGGUGAAACUGAUGCAUGGGCAAACUCCUGAGGCAAAUGGUGAAGUGCAGGUUCUGAUACGAUGGAUUCAGGGGACAGAUAGUGUGUUGUUUGAGAGCUUUUGUGGGAUGUUAAAAAGGAAGAUGGAGGCUUGA